AUGACUCAGAAUAAUCCUAACCCAAUGGGCCCAUGGAAGAUCACAGUUUAUGACCAGGAGAACUUCCAGGGAAAGCGUCUCGAGUUUACCUCCUCCUGCCAGAACAUCACUGAGUCUGGCACUGACAACAUUCGUUCCCUGAAGGUGGAGUGUGGAGCUUGGGCAGGAUAUGAACACUCCAGCUUCUGUGGACAGCAGUUUGUGUUGGAGAGAGGGGAGUACCCUAACUGGGAGUCGUGGAGUGGCAGCAAUGCCUAUCACACUGAGAGGAUGAUGUCCUUCCGCCCCAUCUGUUCUGCUAGCCACAAGGAGUCAAAGAUGGUGGUGUUUGAGAAAGAGAACUUUAUGGGAAGCCAGUGGGAGAUAAAUGAUGACUACCCAUCACUGCAGGCCAUGGGCUGGGGAACCAAUGAGAUUGGAUCCAUGCAAGUUAAGAGUGGCGCCUGGGUGUGCUACCAGUUCCCUGGUUACCGAGGUUACCAGUACAUUCUGGAGUGUGAUCACCAUGGUGGCGAGUACAAACAUUACAGAGAAUGGGGCUCUCAUGCUCAGUCGUUCCAGGUGCAGUCACUGCGUCGCAUCCAGCAAUGA